AUGUCCCGACCGCUCCGCAUCGCCGUCCUCGAGUGCGACACACCCAUUCAACCUGUCGUAGACAAGCAAGGCAACUAUGGCCAGAUCUUUGAGCGCCUACUCACACACGCUGCUGUGGGAGCCAAUGUGAGCGUCGAGGUCAGCAAGUGGAAUGUAGUUGGGAACCCGGUCUAUCCGAAUCCUAACGAGGUGGAUGCGUUCCUUCUUACUGGAAGCAAACACGAUGCCUUUGCCGAUGAUUGCUGGAUCCUUACUUUAACGGAAUACGUCAAGGAUGUUGUGCAGGCGCACAAGAAGCCCGUCGUGGGCAUUUGUUUCGGUCACCAGAUCCUUGCUCGGGCGCUGGGCGCUCGCGUAGGGAGAGGGCAGAGCUGGGAGAUCUCUGUUGAUGAGAUCACGCUCACUGAUGCUGGAAAGGAUGUUUUUGGCAAGGACAAGUUGUUCCUGCACCAAAUGCAUCGCGAUGUCGUCUUUGAGACACCCGAAGGCUGCGUGAAUCUCGGAUUCAGUGACCCGUGCGCCGUGCAAGGGUUAUACAUGCCGAAGCGGUUGAUCAGUAUCCAGGCCCACCCUGAGUUUAACGAAUUCAUCAUGACCAACCUCUUGGAAGCUCGACAUGAUGGCGGGGUGUUUAAUGACGAACUAUAUAAGAGUGGAAGCUCACGAGCGGCGAAGCAGCAUGAUGGCGAGUUUGUUCUGCAAAGUUUUAUGCAGUUUAUUGUUGAGUCUGUGGUAUAA